AUGACGGGACUCGAUGGUCUGAAAUCUGCCGUGUCCGAGGGUAGUAAGCAGCGAAGAAAGCUCCAGAAUCGGAGGAACCAAAGAGCACGUCGACAACGACUCAGGGGUCAAGGCGCCGAUAUAAACCAGAACUUAACUCCGUUUGAGGUCAUGCGAUGGCGUUUCGACGAGAUUGACACCAUCUCGCAAGAAAAAGACACAAAAACGACCGUAUAUAAUCGCACGCUUUCCUUCACUAAUGAGGAUACCACCGUCGUCCAAGAGUCACUACUACCCGUGCCCCAGCCCAACCAAAUUGUAACAGUGGCCUCAACACCACAGUCCUUUAAUCUCUACUUUCCCCUCCCUUACGAUCAUCUCCUCCAUCUCAUCCAUUACAAUGUCUUCCGUGCCUUCAUUUCCAACAAACGUACUCUGAACACUAUAUCUUUGGACCCUACGACCUGUCCUGUUUUUGGCCCUUGUUUAGAUGACACAACUCGCUAUCCUCCCUCCCCUAACAUCCCUUCCUCCCUUGUCCCUACUACGCUGCAGCUAACUCAACAUCACUUCCCUUGGAUCAACAUCAUUCCUUUUGCUCGCGUCCGCGACAAUCUCAUUCGGCGCGAAGGCCGUUUCGACACCUGGGAACUAUGGCAAGACCUCGUUGGCGAUCUCAUGAGCUAUACAGCGGCUCCAUGGCAGCGAGGCACUCCCUUUAGCUUCUCUUCCCCUGGCUUCGAACCGGAGCAGCCACCAGCCCUCUUAUCAGAUAGUUACAUAGACGUAGAUGAGCUCACGGUCGGGCGGAACGGUCUCAUCAUUUGGGGUGAGCCACAAGAUGUGCAGAGCUGGGAGGCUACACCUGGCUUUCUCACAAAGUGGUCGUGGGCUGUCGAAGGCUGUAAGGAGCUGGUUGAGGUUAGCAACCGCUGGAGGAUGAGGAGAGGAGAGAUGCCUAUGCCGUUGCCAAUGUCGACGUUGGGGGCAUAUAUUUGA